AUGUGGAUCAAAGAAAAUGUCAAAAACGUAGUGUGGCCACCUAAGAUGAAAGCUGAAAUUAGAGAUACAAGGAAGUACUGCAAAUUUCAUGAGGAUUACGGACACGAAACGGAUGGGUGCCGAGACCUAAAAGUGGAAACAGAGAGAAUGAUUGAUGCAGGGAGUAGGGACGGCAAAGGAAAGAAAAAGGAAGAAAAGAGGUCAUCCAAAAUUCUUGAAACUAUAAAUAUGAUCAAUGGAGGAGGGCAUAGCAGUUCGACUAUCAGAAGAAAACAGGGAAGAGAAGUAAUGAAUAUCAGAGAAACGCACAUGCCACCGGUGAUUUUUGAUGUUGAGGAUUACGAGCAUGUGAAAGCACCUCAUAAUGACGCUCUGGUGGUGACAACCAUCAUCAAAAAUUGGAACAUGGAGUGA